AUGAAGCUCUGUCACACCUUUACAUACCUGCUACCCUUGGGACGGGCAUAUAUAUCCCAAGCCAGGACAAUUUCAGAAAAUCCCCAGCCAAUAAUAAUAGACACAGACAUCUUCGGGGACGUGGACGAUGUCGGUGCACUUUAUGUUGCAAACAUAUUGCAUAACUGUGGACUUGCCGAUCUUCGAGGCGUCGCCGUCAACACAAACUCACAGUACGGUGCAUUGGCAGUGAGCGUGAGUAAUACAAUCCAAGCCCGCAAGACCGGAUGGGAUACACUGACCUUUAUCAAGUCAAUCUGUACAUAUUUUGGGAAUAGUGAAAUUCCAAUAGCAGCGCUGAGACCGUUGACGAAUGAAACAUUUUUCGACGACGACGAGUUCUUACACAGCGAAUACGCAAGCAAAGUAGCCAACAAUUGGCCGAGAAAUCUUAGAAAUGCAUCUUCAACACCCACACCAGUCGAACUCUAUCGCUCCAUUCUAGCCGCGGCGGCAAACCAAAGCAUGAACAUAAUCUCAAUCGGUUUUCUGACAAACCUCAAAGACGUGCUAAAAUCCAAAGCCGAUGAAAUCAGCCCUCUAUCCGGCUCCGACUUGAUUGCUGCAAAAACACGCGAGUUGGUUGUAAUGGGAGGCGCUUAUCCAUCGGGCUCAGAGUACAAUUUUGGCCAUUCCGAUCCAGAAAGCACAGCAUACGUACUCAAGAACUGGCCCAAGAGUGUCGCGAUCACGUAUUCGGGUUUCGAGCUCGGUGGAGACAUAGACUCCGGCCAAAACCUGGAUGUACUUUCUCCGCCGAAUUCUCCAAUACUCGCCGCAUAUCAGUGGUAUGUUGGGCGUGGGUCGACUGUUCGGCCAUCUUGGGAUCCGAUCACGACUCUUUAUGGAAGUCUUGGUCUCGAUGGAUUUGAGAAGCUUGGUCUUGGCCGGAUGCUUGCCUUUGCUAACAGGGAUGGACACAAUUCGUUGACAUCGGCUAAUGCCUCGAAUGCUUGGGUCAAUGAUACAAGUGUUACGAAUCAGCAUUGGUUGAAGCUUGCGGAUGGAGUUACAAACUCAAGUAUGUCCUGGUUGCUGGACCGGGUUUUCACACAUGAUCCGGUUCAGCAACGUUGCUUCAGUCGGACAAACAGCUAA